AUGGAUAGAGAGGAAUUAAAAUCGGCGCAUCAUUCUACUCGACGUUUAACUACCGGAAGACGACCAUCAAUAAGUCUACCACCAGUCUCCUCAUCAUCAGAUAUCAAUGUCCCAUUACGUUCUAGUCGGAGAACACAAAAAUUUAUUCUGGUCUGGCUAGACUCUACCAUUAGCGAAUCAGACGCCAAUUAUCAUAAGUCACUCAUUCAAUUAAAAGAACUUGUGAAUAAUUGUAAAAUAUUUACGGAUACUGAUAAAUGCGUUCGAUUUUUAACACAAGUCGCAAACGAAAAGGUAUUGCUCAUUGUGAGUGGUUUUACUGGUGAAUACUUGAUGCCUCUUGUUCAUGACAUGACACAGAUUGAUUCAAUAUACGUGCUUUCUGUUAAUGUACGAAGACAUGAAAUCUGGACAAAAAUGUGGCCAAAAAUAAUCGGUGUCUUCAUGGAAAUUAAUUCGGUAUGUGAAAUACUUAAACAAAUCUUCUCACCAACAGAAGACAGUUCUACUACAAUUCGUUCUAUUCCAGUGAACGAUGAACAUGGUCUAUCACUAGGGUUUCUCGCAGCUAACGACGAUGUUCUAACUGAAAACUUAGAUCAACUCGAUCCAUCAUUCAUGUUCACAAAAGUACUCAAAGAGAUUCUCUUAGAACUUCAAUUCGACAAAACCUCUAUGAAUGAAUUAGCGGUGUUUUGUCGUGAGCUAUUCUCAAACGAUGAUCCACAAUUGGAAAUUGUCGACGAUUUCCAACAAAAUUAUCAUUCUAAAUCUGCCAUUUGGUGGUAUACACGCGAUUCGUUUGUAUAUAGUAUGCUCAAUCGAGCAUUACGUACUUUGGAAGUGGAUGCUAUCAUCAAGAUGGGUUUCUUUUUACGUGAUCUUCAUGAACAAAUCGUUCAAUUACACAGAGAACAAUUUAUGAAUGGCAAUUCUUCAAAUUCGUUUACUGCCUACCGUGGUCAAGCUUUGACAACGGAAGACUUUAGUCGGUUGAUGAAAGCAAAAGGUGGCUUAAUGUCUUUUAAUAACUUUUUAUCCACCAGCAUGAUGAGGAAUGUAGCUUUAGGAUUUGCUUAUCAUGCAAUUGGAAACACCGGUUAUGUGGCUGUCCUCUUCGUAAUGCACAUUGAUCCAUUGCACUCAUCAAUACCAUUCGCUCAUAUUGAAGAUUUUAGCCAUUUCAACGUGGAAAAUGAGACUCUCUUCUCCAUGCAUUCUGUUUUCCGCAUAAUUUCAAUAAAACGCAGUGGUAUUGAUCAUAAAGAUGUCUGGGAAGUGAAUUUAACUAUCACAAAUGAUGAUGAUCCUCAACUUGAUGUUCUCACUGAACGUUUGAGAGAGGAAACUCGAGGAUUAUCUGGUUGGGAUCGAAUGGGUAAGCUGCUAAUUAAACUUGGUAUGUAUAAUAAUGCUGAGCAGACAUACAACUUAUUACUCAAACACACAGCAAAUGACAUUGAAUUAGCACAUUUUUGUCAUCAACUUGGAUAUAUUAAGGAAGAUUUAGGUGAAUACGAUCAUGCUCUUUCAUGUUAUGAAAGAUCACUUGAAAUCAAACAGAAAAAUCCUUAUCCAGAUCGUUCUGAUUUUGCUAUGUAUUACAAUAAUGUUGGUUCAGUAUAUGAUAAGAAAGGCGAUUAUUCGAAAGCAGUUUCGUUUUUUCAAAAGGCUAUUGACAUUUUUGAACAAAUAUUGCCUCCACGUCAUCCACGAUUGGCAACUUGCUACAACAAUAUAGCCUCAGCAAAUCACCAUAUGCUUCAAUACUCAACAGCACUUUCUUAUUAUGAGAAAGCACUUGAAAUUGAUGAGCUAUGUUUAUCACCAAACGAUCCAUUGUUAGCGAUCAAUUACAAUAAUAUUGGUUUAGUAUAUCAUGAUAUGGAAGAAUACAGUAAAGCACUAUCAUAUUACGAAAAAACACUUUCAAUCUACCACAGAUCACUACAAUCGGGUCAUGUAGACUUUAGUAAUAUAUAUAGCAAUGUUGGUACCUUAUACCAUAGUAUAAAGGAAUACUCAAAAGCACUUUCUUAUUAUGAGCAAGCACGUGAAAUAGAUGAGAAAACAUUACCUUCCAAUCACCCCAAUUUGGGUGUCUCGUACAACAACAUAGGUUCAACACUAAAGAAUAUGGGAGAAUAUUCAACGGCGCUUUCCAUGUUUCAACGUGCCCUUCAGAUUGAAAAAUCUUCACAAUCUCCUAAUGAUUCUCGUCUUCAGCUUUAUACAAAAAACAUUGAAUUUGUCACAGAAAAAAACCAAUAA